UCACACGUGCUGGGCGACAUUCCACGAUACGCUGCAACACACUGCCGAGCCGGAGAACCCUGAAAAACUCCAGACUGGUCUGCAAGAAAGACGACGUCCACGUCUGCAUCAUGUGCCUGCGCGCUAUCAUGAACUAACAGUAUGGCUUCAACAUGGUUAUGUCACACCCACAUGCUGUGAAUGAAAUUGCACUAAGUCUCAACAAUAAAAACCCGAGAACCAAAGCUCUGGUCUUAGAGCUCCUGGCGGCAGUUUGUCUCGUGAGAGGAGGCCACGAAAUCAUUCUCUCUGCGUUCGACAACUUUAAGGAGGUGUGUAUGGAGGAGCAGCGGUUUGAGAAGCUAAUGGAGUAUUUCAAGAACGAAGACAACAACAUCGACUUCAUGGUGGCCUGUAUGCAGUUUAUCAACAUCGUGGUGCACUCGGUGGAGGACAUGAACUUCAGAGUUCACCUACAGUACGACUUCACCAAGCUGUGUCUGGACGACUACUUAGACAAACUAAAGCAUACAGAGAGUGAUAAGCUGCAGGUUCAGAUCCAGGCCUACUUGGAUAAUGUGUUUGACGUGGGAGCCCUUCUGGAGGAUGCCGAGACCAAAAACGCCGCUCUGGAGCGGGUAGAGGAGCUGGAGGAGAACAUGUCACAUAUGACAGAGAAGCUGCUGGACACAGAGAACGAGGCCAUGUCAAAGAUCGUGGAGUUGGAGAAGCAGCUGAUGCAAAGGAACAAGGAGCUUGAAUCGAUCAGGGAAGUCUACAAAGACACCAGCUCACAGGUGCACACACUGCGGCAGAUGUUAAAGGAGAAGGACGAGGCCAUCCAGCGACAGAGCAACCUGGAAAAGAAGAUCCACGAGCUGGAGAAACAAGGCACCAUCAAGAUCCAGAAGAAGGGAGACGGAGACAUCUCCAUCCUGCCCUCACCGCCCUCUGCCGUGCAGGGCUUGCCAGGUGCUGUGAUUGGAGGAACCGGUGCAGCUGUCAGUCCAAAUCAUACAGGAGUCGUGGCGGGAGCUCCACCACCACCUCCUCCACCCCCUCCACUACCAGUGAAUGGCACAUUGUCAAAUGGACCUUCGUCAGCCAUUCCCGCAGCAGCAGCAGCUCCCCCACCUCCGCCGCCUCCCCCUCCACCUCCCCCUCCUCCUCCAGGGCCAGCCUCACAGAUCUCAGUACCUAUACCUCCUCCGCCUCCUCCUGUAGCGCCUCCACUGCCCGGCUGUGGGACACCAACUGUCAUCAUGAACUCUGGGUUAGCGGAGGGACCCAUCAAACUUUUCUCUGUUAAGAUCAAGAAACCCAUCAAGACAAAGUUCCGCAUGCCUGUCUUCAACUGGGUCGCCCUGAAACCAAACCAGAUCAACGGGACCGUCUUCAAUGAGAUUGAUGAUGAGAGGAUACUCGAGGACCUGAACGUGGACGAGUUCGAGGAGAUGUUUAAGACAAAAGCCCAGGGCCCGGCAAUCGACAUCACCUCAAACAAGCAGAAGGUCAUCCAGAAGGGGCCGAACAAGGUGGCGCUACUGGACUCUAACAGAGCGAAGAACCUGGCCAUCACGCUGAGAAAAGUGGGCAAGACUUCUGAGGAGAUCUGCAAGGCCAUACAGAUCUUUGAUCUGAGAACUCUGCCCGUGGACUUCGUGGAAUGUCUGAUGCGUUUCCAACCCACCGAAAAUGAGAUUAAAGUCCUGCGGCAGUUUGAGAAGGAGCGCAAGCCGCUGGAGAGCCUGACGGACGAGGACCGCUUCAUGAUGCAGUUCAGUAAAAUCGAGCGGCUCAUGCAGAAGAUGACCAUCAUGGCCUUCAUCGGCAACUUCUGUGAGAGUGUGCAGAUGCUCACGCCGCAACUUCACGCAGUCAUCGCAGCAUCUGUGUCCAUCAAGUCAUCACAGAAGUUAAAGAAAAUUCUAGAGAUUAUCUUGGCGCUUGGAAACUACAUGAACAGCAGCAAAAGAGGAGCCGUGUACGGAUUCAAGCUGCAAAGUUUAGACUUGCUACUUGAUACCAAGUCGACAGACCGUAAGAUAACGUUGUUACACUACAUAGCCAAUGUAGUAAAGGAGAAAUACUCUCAAGUUGCUCUCUUCUACAACGAGCUGCACUACGUGGAGAAAGCUGCAGCAGUGUCGUUGGAGAACGUCCUGCUGGAUGUUAAGGAGCUGCAGAGAGGCAUGGAGCUGACCAAAAGAGAGUACAGCAUGCACGGCCACAACACCAUGCUCAAAGACUUCAUCACACACAAUGAGAGCAAGCUGAAGAAGCUGCAGGAUGACGCCAAGAUUGCACAGGAUGCCUUUGACGAAGCUGUUAAGUUCUUCGGGGAGAACUCCAAAACGACGCCGCCCUCCGUCUUCUUCCCUGUGUUUGUGCGAUUUGUUAAGGCGUACAGGCAAGCAGAGGAGGACAACGAGCAGAAAAAGAGACAGGAGCAGCUUUUGAUGGAGAAACUUCUAGAACAGGAGGCCAUGAUGGAGGAAGACCAGAAGUCUCCAUCCAAGAACAAGCGGCAGCAGCAAGAGCUGAUCCAGGAGCUCAGGAGGAAACAGGUGAAAGACAGCCGCCAUGUCUACGAAGGCAAAGAUGGAGCGAUUGAGGACAUCAUCACGGCCCUAAAGAAGAAUAAUAUUACUAAAUUUCCCAAUGUCUACUCGAGGGUAAGGAACUCCUCCAGUAGCACACCUGUAGUGGUGGAUGUGUCCCAAACCUGGCAAGCAUCUCUUUAUUACCUCCCUUCCUGUCUUACUGUCCUCUCAUGUAGAACCACUCAGUACCUCUCUCUGUUCUCCCCUCACUUUAUCUACCUCAUAUCAGUAAGUUUGAAAGUCUAACACUGUAAAAUAGCUCUUUUCAAUAGUUUACUCACCCUUCUUUUGGGUAAGGAUCAUCUUAGUCUCACAAGGUUUUCCACUAUGGCCUGUCUCAGUCGUAACACCCAGAGACAUCAGACCUACAAGGCUUUUUUUUCUGUGUAGAACUCAUGCUGCUUUGAAAGACAGGCUGCCAGCACCCUGAGCAUGUGGGCUCAUGAAAUUGCCUCGACAAGAUGACUGACAGCUCUUUUUAUCCCCCCUCCUCCUCCCCAUCCAAUCCCUUCCCUCCAUCUCAGAUUUGAGGAAUCAGCCUUACAGGCGAGCAGACGCUGUGCGGAGGAGUGUCAGGAGACGCUUUGAUGAUCAGAACCUGCGGCCGGUGAACAACGGCGAAGUGGUCAUGUGACGAGGGAGCAGUGCAUGUGCUGGGAGGGGAUGGCGACAGUGAGGAUGCGUUAGAGAGGGAGAGACAGGAGGUUUGAAGGAUGAUAAGUGAAAGAUGACAAGUGUAGCAACCAUAGAGAUGAGUAUGUAUAUAUAUUACAUAUGAAUACACGUUAUUCCAUGUCUGUGGUAUAGUAGCAGCUUUUCACGAUGAAGGACUGGGACAUGUGUGGGACUGAACUUUAAGUGUCUGAAAGGUUGAUUGAGAAACCUUAGACAAGCCAAGUGCCUGAACUUAUAUUGUUUGUCUGAUGACUGUUUCUAAUAUUACCCCACUUUAAGCAAUACAACUUGACCUGGCUUUAAUUUUAAAGGAACAGAUCACCCCAAAGUCAAAAAUAUAUUUUUCCCCUUUUACCUGUAGUGCUGUUUAUUAGUCUAGAUUGUUUUGGUGUCAAUUGCUGAGUGUUGGAGGUAUCGGCUGUAGAGAUGAGAUACAUUGGAAAUACACUGAACAAAAUUUAAACGCAUCGAGUUUUGGUCGCAAAUUCAGGAGGUAGUUGUAAUCAUGCUUUUUUAAUGUCACACCUGUCAGGUGGAUCUUGUCUUUACAUAAAUCAUGACCCGGUUACUCGUGCAGAAGGAAGUGUGCAUCUACUGCUAGCUCACCUAACCCCACCAAGCUAGCUAACGUUACAGUUCAGA